UGGACGAUCUUUGGAACGAAGAGGGAAUUUUUAGUUUUGCGGUGUCAAAAAUGUCAGGCCUGUCAGAAACAGAGCGCGCUGGAUGUACAAAGAUACUGAAGUUAAUGUCAACAAGCCACUUACUCUCACUCAGCGACACAGUCACGAAUAAGAUGAUAGUUGUGGAAAAUGUUACAGAGGCCAUGGAAACAAUCCUCUCCUUCACUAAAAAUGCCGAGGAGCUCCUGAAAAGGAAGAAGGUUCAUCGCGACCUCGUAUUCAAGUACCUGGCCAAAGAGGGUGUGCUGAUGCCCCCGAACAGCGAGAAACACCAGCUGGUGAAAAGGACGUUGGAGCUGUGGUCGCCUGGGAAGGCUGACGAAAGCCUUCCUGGACAGACGGAUGAGACCAGACGGGGACCGACCACAGGGACGGUGUCCACAGAGGUGAAGGCUGAGGUGAGCUUUGACCCACUUGUACUUGGCCAGCAGUUCUGCCAGUGGUUCUUCCAACUCUUAAACAGUCACAACCCCUCGCUGGGCCAGCCGCCGCAGGACUGGGGACCGCAACACUUCUGGCCAGAUGUGAAGCUACGCCUCCUCUCCAGAGUUGGCAGCGAACAGAUGGAGGUUUUCCUGGGGGCUGAACUGGUUAGCCUUCGUCUGCUGGCCUUGACCAGGGAUGAGCGCCUCCUCCUCAGUCCCAAUCUGCAGCCUCAUGGCCUCAGGACGUUGGCCUCCCCACACGGCCUGGUACUGGUGGCUGUAGCUGGGACCAUCCACAGAGACAAAGCCUGUCUGGGCAUUUUUGAGCAAAUCUUUGGCCUGGUCAGCUCCCCACUGGAGAAAAACAGCUGGAAGAUCAAGUUUGUCAACCUGAAGAUCAGAGGGCAGGAUGCUCUGGGCGGGACAGAGAUGGUAGCGCCUGCCUUGAGUUACAACUCAACAGAAUUGCAGCUUCUAUGCAGUUGAUAACACUAUUUACCCAGAGAAUGUUUGACUGAGUAUGCUCUCUCCUUACUCAUCUAACUUGCCCAAACACGUUUAUCCAGGGAGUUGUUUUCAGAGAUCAGGACCUGGCAACUUGUACUGGACAAACUACUCUCCUACCUUGUUUUUUAGUGUAUCAAGAUGUACAGGUGGGUGGAGGUCUAAAAUAUAUUUGCACUUAACUGAUGUAGCAUAAAGAAAUGACAAAGCUUGAGAAAAGGUUCCCUUAUUGUUUUCUACUUUCCAGAAAAGUCUCAGCUGCUUCCUGUUGUGGGAAUAUUUUGCUUAAAAUAUUCUGUACCUUGAUGCAAAGUUUUUCUUUUGCAUCCUGUGUCUUACAUAAGAAUGUAAAUGUGGAUGUGGUUUUGUAAAUAUGUAUCAUAUACAUAUUAUAUUAACGUAUGUGUGUACUUGUGCUCUGUUAUGACAAGUUCACUACUCGCAAACAGAAUAAAUAUUGUGUGUUUUCUUGUGACACCACAAAGUCAAUUACAAUUUUGAACAUAAUCUGAGAUCGCUCUGCUUUCAUGGGAUGGGUAAAAGUCAACCCACAAUGUUUACAGAUGUGACUGAUUAGUAUUGUGUCAAACAAGCUCACAAACUGAACGUAAUCAUGCAAAGGUCUGUUGUGGGAAUAUCUCAAUGUGAAAUAUCUGAGCAGUGAACAGAUGGAGGAGCUCCUGGUUGGCCCCAUGGCGUCAGAGCUCCGGUCUACCCUCAUGGCUGUAGUUGCAGCAAAUAAUAUCACAAUAUCUCUAAUGUGAUAUACUUUCAAUACAUCAGCUUUUAGAAUUUGAGUUGUUCUUUCUCUCAUUUUAUUCAAGGGUAUAGCUUUCAUACAUUUAAAUACUGGGGCUUAAAGAGCCAGUGUGUAGCAUUUCAACCCAUUAACAGAUAUGUAAUUUGCUAUAUCUAUCUAAUGGAUCUAAUGUUUUCAUUAGUGAAUAAUCACCUGAAACUAAGAAUCUUUAGUUAAAGUUUUUGUUUUGUUUAACUAAAAUGGGCCCUUUGUAUCGUCCUCUUCACAGAGUCCACCGUGUUGCACCACAGUAGCCCAGAAUGGACUAACUAAGCACUGGCUGUUUUUAACCUGAAGGCCACCGUAGUUCUCCAACACGCUUGUCAACACGCUGCCGUCUGACCGCCAUCGGUCCUAAAGUAGUCCCAAAGUGAGGGCUGAGUGAAGGGUUAGUUAGUUGGUUGCAAUCUUCAACCACACCUUUGGUGUAAAUUUGCCAUUUCAAAAAAAUCUUUUCAGUUGAAUAGACAAUUUUGUGAUGUUUCCUUGAUGGUGACCGUUUCUGAAUCCCUUUUGUUGCAGCACUGCCAUUAUUGUUGGCAAAAUGUUGUGACAUAAAUGUGAGUUAUCAGUGAUUCCCAGCAGUAGUGUAGAAUAGCUGCCUCAAUAUAGAGUAUCAUUCUCAUAACAUUUCACAUGUUGAUAGCACAGCUGUGGGGGAGGAUAACAGCCUAGUGGUUAAGUGCUUAUUUGUUUCCUGUGUGCUCUAUUUUGCGCCACAUUUGCAUGAUGGAUGUAAGUCUCAUUUGGCCUCAACCAAAACAGAACAAGGAUCACACUGAAUUCAUUCAAUGAUCAUGAGGACCAGAUGCUGUGCAGUCCCAUGGCUCAGAGCUGUUUUGAAUGCCCAAGAAAAUUGGUAUAAUCACGUCAUUCACCAAAAUAUUCUCGAGAUGAACAGAUCCCUUUUUAUUUCUGACAAAUUCCCUGCUUUUCAUCAUUCAUCGUGGUGUUUUACUAUAAAUAUUUUUUUUUCUGAUGUUCAUAGUGAGUGAGAAUGUAUGAGUAGAAUGCAUUUUUGUCCCACUUACGUUUCAUUUCUGUGACUUUCACCACUCAUACACCAGCAGAGGGCAAGCAUGUGUACAUUGUGUACACAUAUCAUCGCCUUUUGUGCAAGUAUUCAAUAUCUCUAACUUUGACCAUCUCCAUGCUUUAUAGGUUUCAUUGCAGGUGUCGUUACCGACUGAAAGCCUCCCACACCACACGUGAACUCUGGGUGGUCAAACAUCUAAUACAAAAAUUAACAAUUUCACUAACUGUGCUCAGGAAAUAAACCUCCAUUUUAUUCUUUACAAACCAAAAUGACACAUGACAUGCAGAUGUACAGUAUUUGUCCAGCCCUUCUCAAAACGGCUAA